AGUCGUGCGUAACCGCCCUUAAACGCAUCACUUCUCCAGCCCUGCCUCUCCGGAGUUUUUCCUUUCUUACUCAAGUUCAGAGGAACUUUCCAAUGUGUUCUUAUCUGUAGAGGAAAUGCCUCUAAUACUUUAUUUCUCAUAACCUACUUUCUCUGACACCAUGUGGCUGCGGUGCACCUCUAAGUGCGUCUUCGCGUCCUUGAGCCGCUCUUAUAAUAAUGUCUUGUCUCGGAGUUUUAAUAUAGCGGCGUUUAUGCCGGAAGCUGCGGGCUUUGAGGGGGUUUCAGACCGGGCAGCGCUGCAGGAGUUCUCCCUCUCCAACAGUGACCAUUUCUGGGCAGCUGUGGCGCGACACAGACUGACCUGGAUCAGUCCUUUCCACACGGUCCAAGACUGUGACCUGAGCCGAGGCAGGAUUAAGUGGUUUGAAGGAGGGAAGCUCAACGUGUCCGUGAACUGCCUGGACCGUCACGUGCACACCUGUCCUGAAAAGGUGGCCCUCAUCUGGGAGAGAGAUGAACCGGGGUCAGAGGUCAAAGUCACCUACAGGCAGCUGCUGGAUAUGACCUGUCGCCUUGGUAACCUGCUGAGGCGUCGUGGGGUGAAGAAAGGGGACUGCGUCACCAUCUACAUGCCUCCGUGCCCACUGGCGGUGGCGUCCAUGUUGGCCUGUGCACGGAUUGGCGCAGCUCAUAACGUGGUGUUUGCGGGCUUCAGUGCGGAGGCGCUGGCAGAGCGCAUCAGAGACGCUCAGUCCAGCACCGUCAUCACAGUGAACCAGGGGGUCAGAGGGGGAAGGGUCAUCGAACUGAAGAAGACGGUGGACACAGCAGUGGAGGGAUGUCCGAGUGUAAAACAGGUCUUUGUUGCCAUGAGAACGGAAAAUCCGGUCGUCAUGACAGACAGGGAUGUUUCAAUGGAGGAGGAGAUGAAGCUGGAGGACGCAGUGUGUGAGCCGGCUGCCAUGGACAGUGAAGACGUUCUGUUUCUGCUCUACACAUCAGGCAGCACAGGGAAACCCAAAGGCCUGGUCCACACUCAGGCUGGAUACCUGCUGUAUGCCUUGCUGACACACAGGUAUGUCUUCAGCUACCAUGAUGGAGAUGUGUUUGGCUGCGUGGCAGACAUUGGCUGGAUAACAGGACAUAGUUACAGCGUCUAUGGGCCUUUGGCGAAUGGAGGAACCACUGUCCUGUUUGAGAGUACACCGGUUUACCCAAACCCAGGAAGGUACUGGGAGAUGGUUCAGAGACUUCGGAUUAACCAGUUUUACGGGGCCCCUACUGCGAUCCGCCUGCUGCUGAAGUACGGAGACCACUGGGUGCACAAAUAUGACUGCUCCACCCUCAAAACUCUAGGCUCUGUGGGUGAGCCCAUCAACACUGAAGCGUGGGAGUGGUAUCACAGAGUUGUGGGGGAUGGACGCUGCCCUGUGGUGGACACCUGGUGGCAAACAGAGACAGGUGGUAUCUGCAUCGCCCCGAGGCCAUCAGACCCAGACGCCGAGAUCGUCCCCGGAAUGGCGAUGAGACCCUUCUUUGGCAUGAAGCCGGUGCUGGUAGACGGCGAGGGCAAAUUGUUGACGUCUAAUAACACAUCUGGACCUCUGUGUCUGGCUCAGCCGUGGCCCGGUAUGGCCAGAACCAUUCACAACAACCACCAGAGGUUCAUCGAGACCUACUGUCAGCCUUAUCCAGGUUACUUCUUUACUGGCGACGGCGCCCAUCGUUCGGAGGAGGGAUACUACCAGAUCACCGGCCGACUUGAUGAUGUCAUUAACGUGAGCGGACACAGGCUCGGGACAGCAGAGAUAGAGGACGUGGUGAAUCACUGUCCUGCAGUGGCUGAGUCUGCUGUCAUCGGUUACUCACAUGAUGUAAAAGGACAAGCUGUGUAUGCUUUUGUGGUACUAAAAAAGGAAGUGGGCGUCCCUGAGGAGGACUUGUCCCAGCUGCUGAAGGACAUGGUGUCCAAGUCCAUAGCCAAGUACGCCUGCCCAGAUCAAAUCCAGUUUGUUCAGCGUUUGCCCAAGACACGAUCAGGCAAAAUAAUGCGGCGAGUUCUGAGGAAAGUGGUGGAACAAGACCUGGGUGGAUUGGGUGACCUCAGUACGUUGGAUGACCCUGCAGCGGUUCAGGAGAUUGUACAAGGCCACCAGGAUCUAUGUAGCAAAAAAUAACCAUGACUGUUUUCUAUGAGUAUAUGAUUUGAUACCAUCUAAAGAAAAUAAACAGUUGCUAUAUUCAACAUGCCACUUUUAGAAAUCAUAGUAACCUGUCUUUAUUGUGUAGAAGAAUCAAAUAACUCUUAAACCAUAUUGUGUACUGUGAGCUGGUAACAGUGUUGUAAAAAACAAUUUUACAGUUGAAAGUUUCAUGUGGUAAACAAAUGCAUCUCAGUAACCGUAAUG